AUGAUGGAGUUUCUGGCACUAAAUGUCACCCUUAGGAGUCAGAAGGUGCAGGAGCUGGCUGUGAACUCUUCAUUUACAGAACAGAAAAAGCCGAUUAACCUGUGACUCACUAGUGGUGACACUGAGAAUGGGUCUGAGAAAGAUGCAGACCAGAAUGAAAUGUCCAAAAUGAGUGAGCCUCAGGAGUCUGUCCUGCUGGCUGGUGCCUCAGCAGAGAAGGCAAUGCAAGCUCCUGACACUGACCUAGGAGUUGAAGAUCCUGAGAAGGCCUUUGCUGACAUUAUAGGCACAAAGCCCAUAUACUUGGAAGCACACAGGCUGAUGGAAGUGAUGCCUGCUUCACACUUGAUUCAAAAUUUGGCUAAGCCUUACAUCAAUGUGAACCACCAUGUUCUAGGACCUAAAGGUGUCAAAGACAUUGUUAGUGCUGUGGUGUCCAACACAACCAUUACACAAUUAGAGUUUGAAGACAACUGCAUUUUGGUAGAAGGAGCUAUAUGCAUAGGAGAGAUGUUGUGAGAGAAUGCAUACCUUCAAGAAUUAAAACAUAACAUCUCUAAUAAGCACCUAGACACAUCAGGAGCUAAAGCCAUUUCCAGUUUGCUUUUGGUUAAUUUGUCCUACCUCAAUGUUUUUCAGCUCUUGGGGGUUGUAAACAACUUUGGAGAGGAGACUGCACCAUACUUUUAUGUUCCACACACCUGCUACCAUGAUGGCCACAAGCAUGUGGUAUCUAUGUCUCUUCUUUUACAGAUGGCCAGUAAUCCCUUGACCACAGAAGAUGCCACUGCACUAGUCACAACCAUCAGAAAGAACACAUCUCCCUGCAAAUUCAAGACUCCAGGACCAUACACUAUGAGACUGAGAAAUGCUCCUGAGGUCCUGAGUGAGAGCAGAGGUUAUAUUGCAGACCAGCACAGGGUAGACACCUGGCACAAUGAGUUGAUGAAUAAGACUUUCAUCAAGUUGCAGGAUUUGAUGGGUCAAAUGCAUCCUGAACUAGAUGCCAUCUACAGUAAGGUCAAAGGCUGUAUCACCAAGAUCCAACAGCAUCCAAAUCCCAUGGAAGUGAUUCAGAACUCUUUGAAAGAGCACAAGCUACAACUCGAGAACUUCUUUGGGAAUAUUGAUAAGGAUGGAAAUAUAAAGAUUCCUGUGGCAGCCUUCUGGAAAGCCAUGAUCAUCCCACUGAACUGAGUCCAAACUGGUGAACUAGUGCACAAUCUAGACUGGAAUCAGACAGCAGUUGUGCAUUACAGUCACUUAAAAGACCAGGAGACAGCAUAG